UACAGAACAAACCAUAGCCAAAUUCUAUAGUAAAAUUACCAACAUUACAACAACAACAAUGGGCAAGGAGAACCGCGAACUCCAUGUUCUUUUCUUCCCGUUCUUUGCUAACGGUCACAUAAUCCCAUGCGUUGACUUAGCCAGAGUCUUCGCCGCAAGAGGAGUGACAUCCACCAUAGUCACCACCACACACAACGCACCCUUCAUCUCAAGAACGAUAGGAAAAUCCCAAAUUACCCUCAGAACCAUCAAGUUCCCGCCACCGGAGGAAACUGGCUUGCCUGAAGGAUGCGAGAAUUCAGAGUCGGCAUUCGCACCGGAUAAGCUCAUCAAGUUCAUGAAAGCCACCGUGCUCCUUCAACACCCACUCGAGCAAGUGCUGCAAGAACUGCAUCCGAAUUGUGUUGUUGCAGAUAUGUUCUUCCCUUGGGCCACAGACUCUGCCGCCAAAUUCGGGAUUCCAAGGAUCGUGUUCCAUGGGUUGGGCUUCUUCCCCUUGUGCGUUUCCGCUUGCAUCAGAACUUAUAAGCCACAAGACAAGGUUUCAUCCUACACAGAACCUUUCUUGGUUCCCAACCUUCCCGGCGACAUAACUCUGACCAAGAUGCAGUUGCCACAGAUCCCUCGAGAUGACGAGGUGUUCUGCAAGUUGCUUGAUGAUUCCAACGAAUCGGAAUUGAAGAGCUUUGGUGUGAUCGCCAACAGCUUCUACGAACUGGAACCAGUUUACGCCGAUCAUUACACCAAGGAGCUUGGUAGAAGAGCAUGGUCGUUGGGUCCAGUUUCUCUAUGCAGAGGAAGCGAAGUGAGACAAAGAAACCAAACUCCGUUAUUUAUGUGUGCUUUGGAAGCAUGACAACGUUCCCAGACGCUCAGCUUAAAGAGAUCGCGAUGGGUCUAGAAGCUUCGAAUCAUCCAUUCAUCUGGGUAGUGAGCAAAGGAUCAAAAAAGAACGAAGAACAAGAUGAGAAGAAGUUAGAGUGGCUUCCAGAAGGGUUUGAAGAGAGAAUGGAAGGGAAGGGGCUGAUCAUAAGAGGUUGGGCGCCGCAAGUGAUGAUUCUUGAGCACGAAGCAGUUGGCGGGUUUGUUACGCAUUGCGGUUGGAAUUCGACGCUGGAAGGUGUUUGUGCCGGGGUGCCGAUGGUGACGUGGCCGAUGUAUGCAGAGCAGUUUUAUAAUGCGAUGUUUGUGAGGGACAUAGUGAGGAUUGGGGUUGGUGUUGGGGUUCAAACGUGGGUGGGGAUGAUGGGGGGUGAGCCGGUGAAGAAGGAGGUGAUAGAGAAGGCGGUGAAGAGGGUAAUGGAAGGUGAGGAAGCAGAGGAGAUGAGGAGAAGAGCGAAGGAGCUUGGGAAGAAGGCUAAAGAAGCUGUGGAGGAAGGUGGAUCGUCUUAUUCGCAAUUCAACUCUUUGAUUGAGGAUUUAAGAUCGCGUGCUCAAUGAGGUAGUCAAGUAUCUGCAAUUAUGCAUGAAGUCAUUUGAGAGAUGCAAUUGGAAUAUCUCUUUGACCUUAAGUCCAUACAUGCUUGUAUUGUAUUGUAUUCACCAUUUUGAAAUAAUAAUAAUAAUAGUUCUAAAAUAA